UGUAGUGGCUGGAUCAUAGCUCACUACAGCCUCGAACUCCUGGGCUCAGACGAUCCUCCUUGCCUCAGCCUCCAAAGUAGCUGGUACUAAAGGUGUGCAUCACGAUACCCAGCUAUCUGGGAGGAAAGAGCUCCAGAUGGAGGGAGGGAGCCAGUGCAAAGGCCCUGAGGCAGGAGUGUGCUGGACACAUCUGAGGAACACCCAGGAGGGUGAGAGAAAGGAGUGUGAUGAGGAAUGAGGUAGGCCAGGGGGCCACAGGUCUCCCAGAGUAGCAUGUGUGAGUUCUCUGGGGAGUCACUCAGGGCCUCACAACUACAGAGGGAGCUCUGACCUGGCUUGACCUCUUCCAUUCCCUUCCCUAUUCUGCUCUUCUCUUAAAGUGGUCCACCCUACAGCCUUUUAGGGCCUGGAACCUCUUUCCCUGCAAGCAUCUCACUCAGCAGGUAUUAGCAAGCCCCAAAUAUAGCCCCUUUCUCCUUCUCUGCUUGACCCUUGAAAAACUCACAGUCCUUGCCACGGCAGUGGUAUUCACCCCACCCUGCAGUCUCCUGCUGGUCAUGCAGACAAUCUAAUAAGUCCUUUCCUUCGCAGGCAUCUGGAUUUCUGUGGGUGAUUCUCUAGGGAACACCCUCAUUUAGUAGUGUGUGGGGAGAACUAGGCAGUCUGAGUCAGGAGUGUGGCUGAUGACUGGGGUAGCAGGGCCUCCACCUUGGAGAGGGGUCUGCUCCCUCCAGCCUAUGCAGAGUAGCUUGCCGAAAACACAGGGUCCACAAUGCCACUUUGUUCUUCGUUUUGGAUACUGCUAGACAAUUUCUGAAGAACAAGAACAGUCUCUCUCCCUCAGCUGCCCAUUUUACAGAUGAGAAAGUACAAGCUUGGAGAGAUGAAGGCACCAGGUCAAGGUCUCAGAAGUGAUAAAGGGCAGGGCUGGGGUUUGAACUGGACAGUCUGGCUCCAGACCCUUACUAGCUGACUUUGGAGCAGUUCCUCGGAAGCAGACCCCUGAGAUGAGGAUUUGGGAAGGAUCUUCCCAGAGGAAACCAGUAGGGGACAGGAUGAGCUAGACAGAGGAGACCAGCCAUGCAAGGGUGUGGUCUCAGACACAAUCCUUGCCUGAUCCUGCAGGAGACUCUGGGUGUCAGUAACAAUGAAUUUUCAGCUGGGUGUAGUGGCUCAUGCCUGUAAUCCGAACACUUGGGGAGGCUGAGGCAGGCGGAUCUCCUGAGCUCACUGAGUUCGAGACCAGCGUGAGUUAGAGCAAGACCCCUGCCUCUAAAACUAGCUAGGCAUUGUGAUGGGUGCCUGUAGUCCCAGAUACUCAGGAGGCUGAGGCAAGAGAAUCACUUGAGCCCAGGAGUCUGAGGUUGCUGUGAGCUAUAACGUUAUAGCACUCUACCCAGGGCAACAAAGUAAAACUCUGUCUCAGAAAACAAAACAAAACAAAAAACAAAAAACCCACUGAAUUUUCUGACCCCAGCAAAGAAGCUGGGUGGGGUCCUGCACCUGCUGUCAUUGGGUUGCUCUGGGUGGGCCCAACAGAGAUUCCUAGGUAUUUCCACCUCCAAUGUCCCGGGGGCAGCCCACAUAGAAAAAGUCACAGGGUCUCCUCUCCACCUUGGAGAGGAGUUUGCUCCCUCCAGCCCAUCCACGGUAGCUUGCCAAAAACACAGGGUCCACAAUGCCUCUUUGUUCUUCGUUUUGGAUACUGCUAGACAAUUUGUGACAAAUAAAAACAGUCUCCCUCCCUCAGUUGCCCAUUUUACAGAUGAGAAAGUAGAAGCUUGGAGCAAAGCACCUGGGUUGUGGGGAGGGGCAGAAAACAGGUGAAAGAAACCCAAAGACUUGGGUGGAGCAGCCAUGCUGCUCCCUAACCCCCAGUGACACAGUCUGGCUCGGAGCGUGAAGCCCGAGUGCUGCUGGGCAGAGUGGAGCACAGGAGCUGUGCUGCCCAGGGAGAGUGGCAAGGCCAUGGGAAGGUGGAAGGGGCAGAUCUGGAAUGGACGUCCAGCUGAUUGGAUGGCACUGGGAAGAACAGGGAGGUGGAAAUUCAGCUGGGAGCUCAAGGGAGGUGUCGGGGCUGGAUGUGCGUGCCUGGUGCCAUCAGCCUGCAGGUGUGACCAGGGCAGCGCGUGGAGAAGGAUCGGAGCAGAGGUGUGAGGUUCGGGACACCCUGGGAGCAGCCAGAGAGGCAGGAGGGGUGGGGAGGAGCUGGAGAGUGUGGCCGAAAGGGCGACAGGCUGGGCAGCAUCCUGCAGUGCUGAGAGUCCAGGAGACAGGGCUAGAGCAUUCUCCACUAGCCUUGGCCUCUUGCAGGCUUCUGGCAGGUUGGCAGGGCCAUCUCGUGAAAGCCUGCUUGGAUUGGGCAGAGGAGAAACUGGGAGAUGAGGAGGCAGAGGUCAUGUGUGACUGUCUAUGCUGUGAAGCGGGAAGCAGUGGCCAGAGGUUUUUAAAAGUCAGGAGAUGCUUGGGCUGCUUGGAUGCUGGUGGGUGCUCCAGGGCUCUGAGGUGCUGGAGCCCGUCCCUGCCCUUCACCCCAAGAUCUGCUGAGGAGAGUGGAGAGAGGAUGCAGGAGGUGACCUUGCAGCAUGUGAGAUCCUGAUGGGACGCUUCCAGGCUGAUGGGGUUGAGAGGAGAAAGAGCAGGGACAGGCUCCAGCCUCUAUAUGGUCUUGGGUGGAGUGGGGACGGCUCUUCCUUUGUGACAGGAGGGAAAGGAGAUGAUGUGGGCAAAGGUGCGAGCAGGGUGGUGAUUUGGGGUAAAAAAUCUGGGUGGCGCCCUCCCAGGGCUUCUGGACCCAGUGAGGACUGGGGAGGGCCAGUUGUGGGGCACCGCAGGGCACAGGUCUGAGAAAAGACCUGGUGAAGCCGGCGACCUGGCAGGAGGGAAGCUCCUCAGGAGACGGAGAAACAGGAUGCGGGCAGUGUCCUGUACGAGGCCAAUGACUUCCUCCAGUGACAUUCAGCUCCCAAGGUCCAGGCUCAGAGCAGGAGGCUUAGAGAUCUGUUCACAAGUGCCCACAAGGACGGCCCCAUGCCCCAGGGCAUGGACCCUCUGAACCCAGACCUGCCCUCUGGCCACCCACCCACCAUUGCUCCAGACCAUGUCACUGGCAAGGACAAACAGAUGGAUUUCUGUUGGGAUCCUUGGCAGAGGUGCUUCCAGUCCACCAAUGGCUACCUGUCCAACUCCAGAUCCUGCUCCAGCAACUACAACGUGGCAGCCCUGGCCACAUCGUCCCUUGUGGGGGUGGUGCAGAGCAUCAAGGACCACAUCACAAAGCCCACAGCCAUGGCACGAGGCCGCGUGGCCCACCUCAUCGAGUGGAAGGGCUGGAGUGCCCAGCAGUCCGGCUGGGAGCAGUCCCCGGCCGAGGAUGAGCAUUACUGCUGCCUCCCAGACGAGCUGCGUGAGGCCCGUUUUGCUGCAGGAGUUGCUGAGCAGUUUGCCAUCACAGAGGCCACACUGAGUGCCUGGUCCUCACUGGACGAUGAGGAGCUUCACCUUGAGACCAGCCCCCAGGACGUCAUCCAGCUUCAGGACCUGGAGAGCCUCUACCUUCAGGACAGCCUCCCGAGCGGCCCCUCACAGGAUGACAGUCUUCUGGCCUUCUCCCCCCUCCUCUCCUCCAGUGGCUGGCCCUCCCCCGAGGAGCUCCCCGUCACACCUGGCAGCCCUCAGCCCCCGAGCCCAGCACAGCAGCAUCAGCAGCGGCUGCCAGGGGCCCUGGGGCCUGAGGGUGGGGCCCAGCCUCCGGGCUCUCUCCCCUCGGUGGACAGCAGCUCCCUCUGGGAGGAGGAGGAUGAGGUGUUCUACAACUGAGGCCUGGGUCCAGCGCCUGCGCACACCAUGACCUUGCCUGGUGGGCAGCUCAGGCAUAUCAGGACCCAAGAGUCCAGGGCAGGAUAUCUCUUGACCUGUUGGGGCAGGCAGAGGUUGGCCAGGGAGCCAGCACUCCUGUGGACCUCUCUGUGCCUCAGUGGACCUGACCCGAGGGGCCUGGAGCCAUAGCCCCCUCCUCCCUUCGUUACUUGGCUCAGGUGGGCAUCUUCCCAGUGGGAUAUCUGCCUUCAGGGAGCUCAAGGACUGUCUGCGGUCACCAGGGCAUCUGCCCCAGGAAAACAGACACAAGGCCCCCAGGCGGACACUGGAGUGGGGCCUGGACCCUGGGACUCAGUCCCCCCCCCCAACCUUCUGUGUAUCUACCCCCAUCAAAGCGGGGGUAGCCACUUCUGGUAGCUAAGUGUCACUCCUCAGCUCCUCACGAGGACGUCUGUCUCUCCGAGUGUCUGUCUGACCCUUACUCUCCUCGGUGCCCAUGCCCCCCACUCUGGGAGCUUACUCCCCUCCUCCCCCCCCUCCUAUCUCCCUCAAGGUUCUCUGAAGACAUUAAAGUGGUGGAUUCACCUGGA